GGGGCGGAAUUGCAGUUUUUUGAGUUUUCGGAGUUUUAAAGAUCCUUUUCUGCUACGGAGGGUUUUAAAUCGCUUUUCCAGCUUUCCCUGGUCCCACGUCGCCAUGGAUGCGCGAGCGCGAGCCAAACGCUACGAAAAACUGGACUUUCUGGGUGAGGGCCAGUUUGCUACUGUUUAUAAAGCAAGAGACAAGAACACAAAUCAAAUUGUUGCUAUUAAAAAAAUAAAACUUGGACACAGAUCAGAAGCAAAAGAUGGUAUAAAUAGAACAGCGCUUCGAGAAAUAAAACUGCUGCAGGAGCUUAGCCAUCCAAAUAUUAUUGGACUUCUUGAUGCAUUUGGACACAAAUCAAACAUCAGUCUAGUGUUUGAUUUUAUGGAAACUGAUCUAGAGGUUAUAAUAAAGGACACUAGUCUUGUUUUAACACCUUCUCAUAUCAAAGCAUAUAUGCUGAUGACACUUCAGGGAUUAGAGUAUUUACAUGAACACUGGAUACUUCAUAGGGAUCUUAAGCCAAAUAAUUUGUUGCUGGAUGAAAAUGGAGUUUUAAAACUAGCUGAUUUUGGUUUGGCAAAAUCUUUUGGAAGUCCAAACAGAGUUUAUACACAUCAGGUAGUCACAAGGUGGUAUCGAGCACCCGAACUAUUGUUUGGAGCGAGAAUGUAUGGUGUGGGUGUGGAUAUGUGGGCAGUAGGCUGCAUCUUGGCUGAAUUGCUUCUAAGGGUUCCAUUUUUGCCAGGAGAUUCUGAUCUGGAUCAGCUCACCAAGAUUUUUGAAACCCUUGGUACGCCAACAGAGGAGCAAUGGCCUGGUAUGACAAAUCUUCCAGAUUAUGUUACUUUUAAAAGUUUCCCUGGAAUGCAGUUUCAGCACAUCUUCAGUGCUGCUGGUGACGAUUUGCUGGAAUUACUGCAAGGCUUAUUUUACUUUGAUCCUUGUACCAGGAUCACAGCUAGUCAGGCACUGAAACAUGAGUAUUUUAGUAAUCGACCAGCACCAACACCUGGAAGUCAAUUGCCAAGGCCCAACUGCCCUGCAGAAGCUUUGAAAGAGCAACAAAAUCCUGUUCCUAAUUUAAAAAGGAAAAGGAUGGAUGGAAAAGAUCAAGGGUUACCCAAAAAACUGGUUUUUUGACAACUGUGGAAAUGAGAAUCUUUAACAUUGCUGCUGCUAUAUCUGAAAAGACCAAAUGUGAGAACUGGGAGAUGUCAAUUAAAAAUAGGAGAAAGCUAUGUUUGUAAAUGUAUGUAAUAUGUAUGUAGUAUUUCAGUACAUAAUAACCAUGUAUUUUAUUACCACUUUUUUAAAAAAAAUAAAAAUACAAAAAAA